CUCCUCUUCUUCUCCCCCGACACUUCUCUUUCGCUCCCGAGCUUUCGUAGCCUUCUCUAGUUUUUCUCCCUUUUCAAUUCUACUGCUUUCGCUGGAAGCGAAGUGAAUUAUAGCGCUGACAAUGGCGGUGGAGACCGUGGUGCCCUCUGCAAGCGCGAACGGGGGCAAACUCAGUCCGGCGGCCAACGAGAAAGACGCCGAGAAGCUGAGGUUCAUCGAAGAAAUGACCGCCAACGCCGACGCCGUGCAGGAGAAGGUUCUCGAAGAGAUACUGACCCGCAACGCUGAGACCGAGUACCUUCGAAGGUAUGAGCUCGGUGGCGCCACCGACCGGGCCACCUUCAAGGCCAAGGUCCCCGUUGUCACCUACGAGGAUCUGCAGCCGGAGAUUCAGAGGAUUGCCAAUGGCGACCGCUCAGCCAUCCUAUCCGCCCACCCCAUAUCGGAAUUCCUCACCAGCUCGGGGACGUCUGCCGGAGAACGGAAGCUGAUGCCAACCAUCAAAGAAGAACUCGAUCGAAGGCAGCUCCUUUACAGCCUUCUCAUUCCAGUGAUGAACCUUUACGUGCCGGGGCUGGACAAGGGAAAGGGCCUCUAUUUCUUAUUCGUCAAGUCGGAGACGAAGACGCCCGGCGGGCUGACGGCGCGUCCGGUGCUGACGAGCUACUACAAAAGCCAUCACUUCAAGAGCCGCCCGUACGAUCCGUACAACGUCUACACCAGUCCGACGGCGGCGAUCCUCUGCUCCGACGCGUUCCAGAGCAUGUACGCGCAGAUGCUCUGCGGCCUGCUCCAGCGCCUAGACGUGCUCCGCGUAGGUGCCGUCUUUGCCUCAGGCCUACUCCGCGCCAUCCGCUUCCUCCAGCUCCACUGGCAGGAGCUGUCCCACGACAUCGCGAGUGGCUCGAUCACCGCCAAGGUCACCGACCCCUCGAUCCGCGCCGCCGUGGGUGAGCUCCUGGUCGAGCCGGAUCAGGAGCUUGCACGAUUCGUGGCUGCCGAGUGCGGCAAGGGAGAUUGGGCGGGGAUCAUCACUAGAAUCUGGCCCAGCACUAAGUACCUGGACGUGAUCGUGACGGGCGCCAUGGCGCAGUACAUCCCCACUCUGCAGUUCUAUAGCGGUGGUCUCCCCAUGGCCUGCACCAUGUACGCCUCCUCGGAGUGCUACUUCGGGCUCAAUCUGAAGCCGAUGUGCGAUCCCUCCGAGGUCUCCUACACCAUCAUGCCCAACAUGGCCUACUUCGAGUUCCUGCCUCACGGCCAUGGCCACGGCCACGGCCAUCCUCUGCAACAGGACAAGGCGCCGAAGCUGGUGGAUUUGGCCCACGUGGAGGUGGGGAAGGAGUACGAGCUGGUGAUCACCACUUACGCCGGGCUGAACCGGUACCGCGUCGGCGACAUCCUACGGGUGACCGGUUUCCACAACGCGGCGCCGCAGUUCCGGUUCAUCCGCCGCAAGAACGUGCUGCUGAGCAUCGAGUCUGAUAAGACCGACGAGGCGGAGCUGCAGAAGGCGGUGGAGAGCGCGUCCGCGCUGCUCAGGCCGUACGGCGCCAGCGUGGUGGAAUACACUAGCCACGCGUAUACCAAGUCCAUCCCAGGACACUACGUCGUCUACUGGGAGCUGCUGGCCCAGGUGGGCGGCUCGGCAGAGGCGCUGGCGGCGGCUCUAGCUCGUGACGGGGUGAUGGAACGGUGCUGCCUGGGGAUGGAGGAGGCCCUGAACUCGGUGUACCGCCAGAGCCGUGUAGCGGACGGCUCCAUCGGGCCGCUCGAGAUACGGGUGGUCACCGGAGGCACCUUCGAGGAGCUCAUGGACUACGCCAUCUCCAGGGGCGCGUCCAUCAACCAGUACAAGGUGCCGCGCUGCGUCACCUUCCCGCCAAUCCUCGAGCUGCUCGAUUCCCGCGUCGUCUCCGCCCACUUCAGCCCCGCCCUUCCCCGGUGGUCGCCUCACCCCAAGAACUGAAGGACACCAGUUCAAGCAGGGUCAAAUCUGAUGGUCAACGAGCCGGCACGUUGAAGGAUGACUAAGCUUUGACUUUUCCAUCCGUUUCGCCCUGUGAUGAAAACAGUAGAAUUUUUUUGUUCCCCUCCUACCUUUUAGAGAUGUGAUAAGGUUUAGCACACUUGAGAUCCUGUUAAUGUAAUGAAUUUUUAGCGUUAAUUGGAUGCCUUUUUCUUGUUCCUAAAUUCCUCAUUAGUGCUAACCUUUCAAUGGUUAUUUGUUAUUUUCA